CCUGGGCUCAAAAUGGAGCCCAGCUGCUCCUGCAUCACCAGUGACUCCUGCACCUGUGCCAGCUCUUGCACAUGCAUGUCCUGCAGGAAGAGCUGCUGCCCAGUGGGCUGUGUCCAGUGUGCCCAGGGCUGCAUCUGCAAAGGGGCAUCAAACAAAUGCAGCUGCUGCGCCCCUGAGAGCCUGGCUCCCACAUGCAAAUAGAGCAACGUGUGCAAACCUGGAUUUAUACCCCCAUACAACCUGACUUCUAUGCUGCAUUCCUUCUUGUGUGAAAU